GCAAGAAGGCAGAUCACCCACAGUCAUGCCCCGCGACUAUAGAGCCCUCCGUGUCCACCAGAAGGCGUCCGACCUUCUCGCUGGCAAGCAACUCAAGAUCGAGCCAGCAUGGUACCGCCCUAUUCUCCACCGUCCACCAUCAACGAACAUCGUCAUGCAGAAGAGGAACCCAAGAAAAAUCGAUUAUCCAGAGGAUAACCUAAGGGCAGAGUUCUACAAAGAACACCCGUGGGAGUUGGCAAGGCCGAGGGUUAUCACCGAGAACGAUGGGAGAGAUUACGAUAAGUAUGAUUGGAGCAUGUUGGAGCAGCCAGGAAAGCCGCUAGAUGGUGAGAGCGUCGUGCAACACCAGUUAUGGCUCAUGCGUAAAGCCGGCAUGUCAAAGCAGAACGCCUACCUCCAAGCCUGUUUCCAAUUCUACAAACUCCGCGCCAGAUCUGAAGUCCUCCAGCGUAUCGCCCGCGAAGAGAACCUUCAUAACGGCUGCGGCACGAUCUGGAACAAGAGUGUUUUGGAGCGUGCAUAUGAGAAGGAGGGCAAGGUCGUUCAGGACUGGCUUGAGAAGGCGACUGCGAGGACUCGGGAGGGUAUGACGCGCCAAGGCACGGCAGGAGGUGUCCAGGCCUGGGCAGAUGAGUUGCUUCAGGAGGAAGAGGCACCGGCAGCGGAGGUAGCAGUAGAGGGAGCACCUGCCCCUGCAACAGCGGCAUAGGGGUGGAGCUGGGGAUGUGAAUGAGAGAUCUGAACUUGACACACAAAAAUUGGAUUUCAUGUUUGGGUAGUGGUUGUUAUUAUGGCGUUUGGAAGGCAUGCACAUGAAACCAAACAAAUUUGAUGCAUUUGGAAUACAAUCCCUGGGUAUAUUACUACUCCUCCUG